CGCAACGCAUUCAUUUUCGAAAAAUCCGUAUUGCCAGAUGUGAAGUUCAUAUUGGUCCGGAAUCAUCUGUAAACGACGAGUGGUAGUAGACGGGGACGAUAACAAAAUUUUGAAGGAAUAUAUUUUAAACUUUCUAGAGUAAUGAAUAUAUUUUUAUAUUGCGCGUAAUUCGUAUAAAUAUACAAUGCUUACAAAAAAAAGUGUGUUGAAAAAUCGUGAAGUAUCGUAUGUUUCAGCGUACAAGUUGUACCAACAAACAAUCCAAAGGCCACAAAUCAUACCUACAGGAGUCAAGAGAAUCGACGAGUUAUUGGACGGUGGACUCCAAAUUGGUAGGAUAGUAGAAAUCUGUGGCCAACCAACAUCUGCGAAAUCACAGCUAUCUCUUUCAAUUGCCGUAAAUGUUGCUUCUAGAAAAAACAUUGAAACUAUUUAUGUUGACACCAAGCACGAUUUGUCGGGAGUGGUUAUUCGAAACAUGUUAAGAUCACGAAGAUACACAGAAAAUGUCAUUGCGGAAACAUUACAAAAAAUACGAGUAGCGAGAAUUUAUUCAGUUGAAAAACUAAUUGAAUUGUUCGAAAAUUUGGAUAAGAGGAUGACUGACAAGGAUAACUCCUUAGUUAUUAUCAUCGAUUCAUUGCCGUCACUGAUGUACCUCCAUCAUGGUGAAGCAAAAUUCGAAGGUCUCAACUUACUGGCUGAGUCAGUGCUUCGCAUGCGCAAAUUGGUGAGCAGGCAUCAAGUAGCAAUACUCGUAGUAAACAUCAUUACCUGCGGGCGCAAAUGGACUCCCGUAGAAAAGAAAAAACCUGAAGAAAUGCGCCUGCAGAAACCCUCUUUGGGGAAACAUUGGCAAACGGUGCCUUGUGUUCGACUUCUUUCGAAAUGGAUAAUAGAUAGUCAUGCAGUCAGUUUUUACAAUUUCGCAAAUCAAAUGAUUACUGGAUUCGAAGUAAGUGCAAGACGAAAUUUUAUAAUUUGCAUAGAGAAAAGUGAUUUCACUAGGAGCGGAAGAAGCUGUCAUAUACAUCAUCAUUAAGAAUGGCCGAUAAAUCAAAGUAAGAAGUUUCCACGUGUUCGUCUUCAUGUGACACUACUUAAAGGGUUUUCCACCCUUGGUCUAAAACACAAAGUUAUUUUUGUCAAUUUUUCUAGCGAAAUUGAAUUGUGUCUAAUGAUUCAAAUUCUCUCAGAUUACAUUUAUACACUUUUGAAAAACAAUAAAAAAACUGUUAUUUUUAUAUUGUUAAUAAUUAACUGUAAUACUAUAAGGAAAAUGAUUUAAAACAAAGUCCACUUGCGUUGUAAAAAUCUCCGGUUUGGAUGUUGUGUAACCAAAAAUCAAAAGCAUUUAUGAGCAAUAAAUGAUUCUUACAAAUUCA